GAGGGGAUUUACUUCUUAACCGUACUUCGUCUUCGUUUGUUGUUUACAGCAAAGUUGCUGAUAUUGCAUACGAACAGUGGAGUGUAUUUCUGAGUUUAAUUAUGAAGGCUAUAACAGCGGUUUGUGCGUCAGGUGCUACGAGUGUUGGUGGAGUAACGUCGGGCCGCGUGCAUCGACAGAGGCGCGACGUUGAGAACGAGGAAAUACAGAUGUACUUAUCGAAGUUGAAAGAACUUGUACCGUUCAUGCCCAAAAACAGAAGAUUAUCGAAACUGGAAGUGAUCCAAUAUGUCAUAGACUACAUUUGUGAUCUGCAGUACGCCCUGGAGACGCAUCCUUCCGUUGUGACGGCUGUUGGUAACGUCACAACUGCAGUUACCACUACGACAACCACAACAGCGGCUUCACCUGUUCAGAGGCUUUCAAAUUCCACGACUGUCAACAGUGGUGCUCCAGUGAGCCCCAGGCAGCCCCUUGGGGUUCUAGCGCCCAACACGAUAGUCCCCAAUACAUCGUGCGCCACACAGGAACAAAUCUCGACGACACCUCUUCACCUGGAAAAGGUCACACCCCCUGACAGCCGACCGGUAUCCUGUUGAGUGAAGUUGUCUCUUCAUUAUCCAUAUCAUCAUUAACCACUGUCAUUGUCAUUAGUAACAUUUAUUGUUUCCAUAAGACGGUGUGAACAUUUUUGUCAGACAUAGAACUGACUGCAGACUUUUUGUUCCUGAUAAAAUGACGAUAUCAAGAAGCUAAAUUACUUGAUAUUAUUCAUAAAUAAAGCACGGGAUCGAAUUUGUGUGUGUUGGAUAAAGUGUUUCUAAGUUGUCUUUAAUAUUAUAAUUACUACAUUUAUAUUGCAUCAUGUACCACAGUUUCGUUGGAAAUUCAGUUUUUAUAUUAAUGUAGGCCUUCCAGUAGUUCAGUGUCUGAAAAACGCUGAUGUGUGAUUCAAGACAAACCAGUUUGUCAGUUAAUGCUGUUUAUAAUUAUCAGCCAUCCAAAAGGGCCAAUCUCAGAAGCAAUGGUGCAAUUUUGUAGCAUUUAAGUCAAAUUUCUUUUAUUCUAGGGUUAUAUAUUUCAAUGAUAACCAGGCCAUGUACUGUGUCCUGGCCAGUACAAGAUACCGGUCCUGAAUAUGUCAUGACCGGUUUAGUUUGUUAACUUCAUGUAGAUGGAUCUUUGUACUGCAACUUAACCUUGCAAGCAGAACAAAGUAUUGUUAUAGUCAUACUUCACUUGUUUGAAUAGGAAAUAUUACUCUCAUUUGUUAAUUGUCAUGUCUGCCUUCUAAAUCUUUUUUUGGGGGAAGAGGGAAUUCAUUUAAGAGUUCAAAUAAAUUACGCGAUUUUGGGUUUGAGAAACAAGUAGACAUAAUUUUAAAUUUGUUUUUCCAUUGAAAUGUUUGAGAGGAAGAUGAUGUUCAGUCAUAUUAUGAAAGAAGAAAUUAGAAAUUGACAGGACAAUUUUAAAACUUCGCAUUUCACAGUUAUGACUCCUUAAAAGUGAGAGUUCUGGUUUUGUAUCGUUCGCGACUGUAAUCUUGAGACUUGCGGGGUGCGGAAGUGGGGUGAAGGAGGAAAGAUGGCGUCUGAUAUGCAAUAGCCUUUAACGCUUCGGACUUCCUGCAAGAUUACGGUCGCGAACAGUACUAGAUGUGCUAUAUUUUGGUGACACAUGGUAAACAAUGAACAAGCACGUUCUGAAAAGAAAACAAAAACAAAUGACCAUCGGUUAAAGUUUGGUGUUUGAAUUUAUUUAAGAUGUGUCUCAAACUGCAGAAUUGAAACUAUACAUACAGAUGGCAGUGGUGAAUCCUGGUCUACAAGAGGCUAGACAUACAAUUUUCAACAGAGCAAAUUCGUAAAAUCAAGUAGUUGACACUUGAAAUUCAACAAAGAGAUUACCAAAUAAAAUUGGUUUUGGGUUUUCCUGAUUAACUUACACUGAAACAAAUAUGAUCAAAUGUUUUUAUAGAAGAACAAACUAAUUCUUUUGAAUUCUUUCAAUUAUACGUACGAGUGUUUUGAUUUUUUAAUAUACGCACACAAUUUAAGGUACCUGUUUUUAUGAGUUGCAAUUGUUACAUGUUAAUAUCACUUAAUAUUUUUUUUUAAAAAAUUGCUAAUCACGUUUUUAUUUCAACGGGUUCAAAUUUUCAGCAUUUUCUGACCACAUCACGAAUGUAUGUGAAAUGUAAGGGAAUAUGUAUAAUUAAUGUAAGAAUGUAAAUUGUGUUCUGAGGGAUGUGAAUUGCAUGCAGUAACAAAUACUUCAUACAUUCGAUACCACAAUAUCUAUAUCUAUAUAUAUAAGCACUUAGAUAGGAUGUCAUAGCAGGUCAUGGUUUAUUAUUGAUUUGUAAUCCAUCCCCGCUACCGUUGUUAAAGUAUUAAAACGUGUUUUUUUUGUUGUCUGUGAUGUUAGUUUUUUCGUUCUUGUACAAAUGUAUAAACGUCCUUUAUUAAAUGUAUAUUAUCUUAAUUACACAAAAUAUUAGUGGUAUUUGUACAUUUUUAAUUAUGAAAGCAAUUUGUCACCACACUAAUUCUGUUCACAAUUUUUAAAUGUAAUAAUGAUAAUAUUAUUAAGUGAACUGUGUGGCAAAACCUGUGUAAAAACGUUAACUUCUGUCAAAUUAAAGAUGAAAAUCUUCAAAAUACAGGACAUACAAAUGA